GUGCGAGCCGGAGCCGCCGCGGAUUUGAAUUGGAAUCGCGAAGGGAGUAAUUGCUAUGUAUAGUUGAAGUGGAGAGAAGAUAAAUGAUGGAAGUGGAAGGAUCCAACACUUGGAUGAAUCGUUCUCCUCCUCCUCAAUCAUCCUUCGUACGAUCCAAAGCUUUGUAUCAGUUCAAGCAGCAGAAGCUCCCAGCUUGUAAGCCAGUCUUAACACCAACGUCGGUUAUAACAGUGUUUAUGUUGAUGGGUUUUGUUUUCAUUCCCAUUGGCUUCGUUACCCUCCGUGCUUCUCGUGAUUCUAUUGAAAUUGUAGACCGGUAUGAUGUUGAGUGCAUUCCUGAAGAAUAUAGAACCAACAAACUCUCAUACAUUACAGAUUCAUCCAUCCUUAAGAACUGUACUCGCUACUUAAAGGUACAAAAGUAUAUGAAAGCUCCCAUUUUUAUCUACUACCAGCUUGAUAACUACUAUCAAAACCACCGCCGGUAUGUAAAGAGUAGAAGUGAUCAACAACUGUUACAUGGACAAGAGUAUAGCCACACAAGUGCUUGUGAACCCGAGGAGUCAUCUAAUGGUCUCCCCAUUGUCCCUUGUGGGUUAAUAGCUUGGAGUAUGUUCAAUGAUACAUUUACCUUUGCUCGUGAAAGCGCAAAACUGAAGGUUAGCCGGAGUAACAUUGCCUGGAAGAGUGACCGUGAGCACAAGUUUGGAAAGGAUGUCUAUCCUUUCAAUUUCCAGAACGGAUCUUUGAUUGGUGGAGCUAAGUUGGAUCCAAAAGUUCCACUAAGUGACCAAGAGGACUUUAUUGUGUGGAUGCGAGCAGCUGCUCUACUAAGCUUCAGGAAACUAUACGGAAGAAUCGAAGAAGACUUGGAACCAGGGAACGUUGUUGUGGUGAAUUUGAUGAACAAUUACAACACUUAUAGCUUUAGUGGGCAGAAGAAGCUUAUUCUCUCCACGUCAAGUUGGUUAGGAGGAAGAAACGAUUUUCUCGGCAUCACAUAUCUCGUCGUUGGUGCCUCUUCCAUAGUCAUAUCCAUCAUCUUCAUGUUGCUCCAUUUGAAAAAUCCGAGGCCUUAUGGAGACAAUUCUUGGAACAAGAAAAGCCUUUCGAGUUGAGAAACUGUUACAUUCUUUAACAUAUUCCGAUUCCAGGUUCAUAUAUACAUUACUCAAGAGCCUGUAUAUUUUAUCAUAUAGAUAUAGGGAGAGUAUAGAACCAUUCUAUGAGCCUCUGUUUUCACUUUGGACGUUCGGUUUUUGGGCUCUAAGGAUAAUUGUUUGACCCUUUUUAAGUCAUGUGAUGGGUUUAUUUGGGUACUA